AUGUCGUGGUGUGAGAAGAAGAUAGAGUUUGUAGGCGAGUUUGACUCUCAUCAUAUUUCAGAGGAGCAGCAGAAUGGGGAUUCGUACAAGGUCUCUGAUAAAGCUGAGCUUCUCCACUCCAACAGCUGCUUACGGACGCUCUGCACUAACUGGCAAGAAAGUGCUGAAAUGGAGGAGAACAGCAACGCCACCCUCAUGGCCGAGAACAGUGAGCUAAAGAAACAAAUUCAAAGCUUGAGGCAGAUGAAACAGGACAUCCAGCUUCUGGAGAAUGAACUGGAGGUCACACGAACUGCAAAGGCAGAGGAAGAUAAACGCUGCAGCACGCUUGAGGCCAGCUGCAAAAAACUUGGGAAGGAAAAUGAAACACUCAGACAGCAGGUAGAAGCACAUUUUGAUGAGACAUCAAGUUUUCUUCUAGAAAAAGAGAAGCAGGAGAAGGAGAUCACUGAGCUCACCUGUGUCCUAAGAGCUUACCAGCAACAACUAGAGGAGGACAGAUUUCUUCUCGAGCAAAAAGAUGAUCUCAUUAAUCAGAGGGAUUUGGUCAUCCAGCAACACAAAGACAUGCUGUCAGAAUACAUCACCAUUAACCAGGGCAUGAAGGAUGAGCUGAAGGAUUUGAACAUCAAGUUGGCUUUGGCUUCAGUCAGCAGGGACGGGAGCUUCAUGAGAGUGGAUACGAUGCUCGCUUGCCCUCCUGAGUGCUCCGUUUCACUCGGGGAAGAGCUCGGAAUUCCGUCUGUGGAUCAGAUGAUGCCUGAGGAGGAACAGAAAGAGGAAGAAGAAGACGCAGCGACUCAGGAGGAACAAUCAGUACCUUAUAUGCCAAAAAGCUGGAAAAGAACCAUAAGGAAACAAGUGUGUGCUGCUGUGGCGCUUGGUUUCAGUGUACUGGGUGUGUUUGGAGCUCUGAGUCCCACCAUGUGUGCAGACGUUUUGGACAUCAUCCGUCACCUGAUCGACCCACACUGCCAGUUUCAUCACACAGGACUUCCUCCCUUAUAA